UUGUCGAAAAGGAAGCAUCCGGUAGAAAUAUCCGCGCCGUGGUUUCAAUCUUGGAGUACUCCUUGGUUCCAAUUGUAUCACGCGAGGCCGAUGCAUGUAGCGUCCAACUGAGAAUUGCGGGAAGAAGAAGCUUCUAGUGUGCACAUGUUCGACUUUGUCGUCUGAGUUUAUGGCCGUUUGGCUUGAAACACCGUUCUUGCAGGUUAUGAGGGAUAGUUUGUAGUACCGGUACUAGCACCAACUGCGUCCCGUUUGUUUGGAAGAGAGUAACCCAACCGAAAGAAGAAGCAGACGUCGAAUCCUGGAGCUUCGUGGCACAGGGACGCAUGGAAAAGAAUUUCAAGUGGUGAUAUCUCGACAUCUGCGUAGCAAGACCGGAGUUUGGCAGUUCCGUUGCCGGGACGCUGCGGACGCAAGGUGCAAGGUCGAGUGGGCACCAUGCAUCACAGGCCGCGGGCAUUCGCCAGGUCCAUCCAGCUCUCUGACCGUGCCUGCUGUGGCAAUGGCACGAGUGGUGAAUGCACCGACGACGAUGCGGGGGAUGAGUAUGUUAGGAUGCAGCCAGCCUCGGUACCGUAUCCGCGGAGCUCAUCGCGGAGGUCUGCGGGCGCACCUCCCAGCGACGACGAGUUCGAGUUGGAUGAGGUGUACGUGCGCAUGGCGGUUAGCAUGCCCCAAUGCAGCGCGAAUAGAACGCAGGUAGAGGCUACACCUACUAAAGGCAGCGUUUCUUCAUCUUGCUCGAGGCGCAUGCUGUCCAGAUCGUCGAGCUCAGACUUAAGCAGAGAGGUUCACUCUGCGGAACAUGCGGAGUACAAUGCCAUGCAGCAUCGUCAUGCGCAGAGAGUAUCGCGGGCGAUUGGUAUGCGGCCGGGCAGGGCCCCAAACGAGGACGAUUAUGAUGAUGUUGAGUCGUAUGAGUAUAAUUACGUGCGGGCCAUUCGCGGGAUGAACCUGUCGCGGAGCAAGACACGCGUGGGCUUGAUUCCUGAGGGCGUCUCGUCCGACAGCUCGCAGUCAACGUCUGUGCGCUCGUGUUCGGAUUGGAGCCUAGCGAGGCGCUCUGUGGACCGCAUGGAUGGGGCUGGCCCGGCCCCGCCACCUCAUCUGAUGGAUCGCUGGUCACAAGGGAACUCGGCGCGUAGCUCCCCCGGCGCAGAUAUGCGUCUUACGGGAGAUGAGGAGGAAAACGAAGAAGAGUACGUUCCCAUUCUGUGUGGACUCCAGGGUCCGCAAAAGACGCUGGUGGGUUCAAUUCCGGAAGACCUCUCUUCAGAAGGCCUGCAGCGUACACCUGUUCGGUGUUUUCCGGAACUGAGCGGAGCAAGACGCUCUGUGGAUCGCUUGGUCUUGGACCUGACGUCUCAGAAUUGUCGUACGGAUCGCCCGCAGCAAGUAGGUUCAAGUCGCGGAAGUCCGAUGACCGAUCUUGAGGAUGAAGACUACACGCGCGUCCCAACUGCCUCGCAUCAUUUCAGGAGACGGGCGAGAGCGGACGACGAAGAGGUUAUGCGCAUUCGAUCCUCCGGAGUGCACGUGUCGCAGAGCAAGACGCGGGUGGGCUCGAUUCCGGAAGACAUGUCCUCGGACGGCUCGCAGCGUACGUCCGUCCGAUCCCUGUCGGACGUGAGCGGAGGAGGCCGACGCUCGAUGGAGUGCACGGACUCCGGAUCGGGAUCUGCCACUCAUGUCAGCCGUGUGGAGCGAGCGCACGAAGUGAGCCCGAAUAUCGGCAGUCCGGUGACGGACUUUGACGAUGAAGAAUACACGUGCGUCCCGCGCACAGUACAUCGCUUCAGGAGAAGGCCACGAGUGGACGAAGAAGACAAUAUGCGUACUCGAUCCGGAGUGCACGCGUCGCAGAGCAAGACCCGGGUGGGCUCGAUUCCAGAAGACACAUCUCCAGAGAGGUUGCGAAAUUCAUCGUCCCGCUCCUUGUCGGAGAUGAGCUCGGAGAGACGCUCUGUGGAGCAGGUGGACUGCUGCUCGUCGCCGCGCAACAGUAGCUCGGACCGCUCGCAGCAGCAAGGCAGUCCGGGUCGCAGCGGCAGCACCGGGCACGACACGCGUCUAACCGGAGACGAGGAGGACGAGGAGGAGUACACAUGCGUGCCAUCCUCCGACAGCGUCAUCCCGCACACGCGCAGCAAGACGCGGGUCAACUCGAUCCGCGAGAGCCCCGAGCACGGCAUCUCGCCGCACGCCUCCAUGCAGUCGUACAGCUCUGACCUGAGCGGCGAGCAGCGCUCCAUCGAGCGCAUGGACUCCGGCUUCAGCUCGCAGUUCAGCUGCGUGGAGCGCUCCCUGCAGACCAGCCCCGGCUCGGACAUGCAGCACCUUGGCGACGAGGACGACGAGGAGUAUGUGCACAUGGCUGCGACGGCCGUGCACAGCGCGCGCAGCAAGACGCGCGUAAGCACCGGCUCAGAGACCUUCUCCAGCAGGGUGCCGCUCCGCCGGCCCUCGCUGCGGUCCUGCAGCUUCGACGCCAUCCGCCGCGCGUACUCCUGGGACCAGAAGGUGUCCAGUCCGCGGGUGUCGCGUCGGCGCGGCAACCACACGGAGCCCAGCCCAGUGACACCGCGGCUGGAGCGCAACCGUUCUCAGCCGCUGAGCGUGCUGGACGUGCGCACUGCCCAGGGCGCCGCGCUGAUGACGCGCAAGAUGGCGGAGAUGGCCAGUCUCAGUGAAAUGUCGCUGGACGGCUGGACGCCGAAUAGCGACGACUGUCGACUGGACACGCCGACGAGCGACGACGGCGACCUAGCGCAGGAAUUCGUCAAGUCAGCGUGGCCGUUUGCGUACCAUAAUGGCAUCUUCAAUCGCUGUACGAGAAGCAUCUCCGCUGAAGGGCCGCCGCCGAGCAGCACUGUGUUCGAUUGCACACCGCUCGACCGCAAGCCAUUUGAGGACCUCACCGAUCUGCCGCCGACGUCCAAGUCGAACUCAAAGUCCAGUUCGAAACUUUCCAAGUUGUCUAUUCGAAAGCGGUGCUUCCAGGGCAGCUUUGAAUGGUCACCGACCAACAAGAACCCACUCAAGGAGACCACGUCACUGCCAAAGCUCCGAUCCUCGCCUCCGUUUGACGCGCUUGAUUGGGACACCCGCCCAGCAUCCCCAGCCUGCACCUCUGUGCCCAGUUUCUUGAGGAGAAUGAAGCAACCCUAGUUGUAGUAAUAGAUGGAUGACUACGUGUGAGGAUUUAAGUUGUCCAGAGUAAGCACACCAAGAAUUAUUGCUCCGAGCAAUGUACAUAACUUUUUGACGUCGGUGUAUGCAGACGAGAAACAUGAUAAUUGCCAUAUGGAUGAUGAACUCAGCCCUGUGUAACCGUGCAGCGAACAACCGCUUCAAGCGUGCAGCUAUAUUCUUAUUACCACUUUGCAGCAAAUAACCUUCUCGCGUUGCUCGUGUCGUAACCGCGCCGUUGAAGAGCCAACUGAACUGACAAUGCUCCUGCAUCUCUCCGUUCUCCAUUUCUGCUGCAUGCCCCGUGUACUCAAAAACCUUGUUAACCGAACGAGUAAUUCUAUUUAGAAAGGAUUCCCAGCUGACGCGGGAUC